UAACAAUGGAAUUCCAAUUUGGGUGGGAUUCCUGAGAUGGUGGCCAUCUUGGAGUAAUAAUGGCGGUGCCUUGUUGAUCGGGUUCUCGAUAAAUUGCAAUUUAGUGGUGCGUGAGUGGACUUUCCGUGGUAUCCGUGUGCAGGAAGUUGAAGUGGAGUGUGUCCACCAAGUGUGGCAAUUGAUAUUCAGCAUGACGGAGUUUCUGCCACUGUGUGAUCUACUAUUCAAUGUUAUCUCGCUGGCUGGCUACUUUUGUGAUAUUGUUUUUAAUGUUGUCUUUAGCUAUGCACUGUAUGAGAGUGGAAAAUUCAUCUAUUUCGCCCUCACUGCCACCAUUGUCCUUUCAUCGCUGAUACUAUCCCAAAUCAUAUCGCUGCGAUGGUUCCUGAACAAGGAGCGCCUGACGCAGCGGAAGCAACCGCACGCGAUCACCCAAGCCACAGAGGAACGACAGUCGGUGACCCAGAUUGUGCGGUGGUGCUUCAUUCCAAAGAACAUCGUCAUCCUUCUCCAUGCUGUACUUGUGGGGAUUGUAUGGCGAUAUGCCAAACUCCUGGCUCCCGUUGAGCUGCAGAAUGUGAAGCAUGAAGUGCGGGAUUUGUGCAUGUUGCGCCUCAUUCAUGCAUUUUGUGAGAGUGCGCCUAUGCUACUGCUUCAGCUGCAUAUCCUGGUGUCUGAUCACACUGCCCGGGAUAUCCUGUCGGGCUCUUCGGCUGAAUUGAGGCCCAAAAUCCUGAGAGAAUCCACAACAGUUAGUGGAUUGGUGGUGGAGGGAACAGAUGCCCCAGCUAUAAAUAGCCAUGCCUUCCGGGAGCUCAAUAUCGUGUCAGCUGCCCUGUCGUUGUUCAGUGUCUGCUGGGCUCUGGCCAGUUUUAGCAAAAAUGUCCGUCUGCAGAAUGUUCAUCGAUUGAUCCUCACCUGGCUCGGAGUCAUUUUCCAGCUACUCUGGCGCCUUGGUACUAUCACUUCCCGUAUGAUUUCUUUAAUUAUCUAUGGUUCCUUCUACUACUACUGGACCUUCCUCGUGAUCAUCCUCCAUUGGGUGUCCAUGUUCCUCUGGAUUAUAUCUCCUAAGAAUGUUUUUCACGGUGAAAGGAUCUCACGGCUCAGGAAGUGUCUUCUGGCUGCUCUCAUUGCCUUCGUCUAUGUCUUUGCCUACAUCAAUCUCCAGGAAGUCAAUCAUAGGCAGAAAAUGGUUAUUUUCUACACGGUAAUGUUCCUGGAGAAUCUCCUUCUGGUUGGUCUGUGGAUCUUUGGUAUCUGGGCAGAGAGGCCCGAUGGAUGGUAUUGGAUUGUCGUGAUAAUGCUCGUGACAUUUGCCUUGGGGAUCUUCUUCAUGUUCCUCUACUACAGAUUCUUCCACAUUCGGCGCCUGGGUUACGAGAUCAAUGGAAUCUACCCGUCAAAGCCAUCAAUAAAUUGUGGAAAUUGCUAUUGCAAUAGCAAAGAGCAUGAGCAUAAGCUUCCGCCGAAGAUGGAUGUAAAUUCCAAGAGUUACUACCAAGGGAUUCCCGGAGUAUUUAGCUGCAGAUUCAUCAAUCCCAUUGGCAUGGCUGCGACGAAGAGGAAGAAAAAGAAACCAACUUCUUUUGUGCCUCUGUCACUGUCGAUCACAGAAUUGGCGGCUGGUGCUCAGCAGAAUGGUCAGAUGCCAAAUGGUCCGAUGAUGGUGCCAUUCUGGAAGAAGCAAAUUGCUGCACUGCAAUAUGCUGGAUCCAGUGAGAAUGAGAGUAGUGUGAGUUCACGCAUUGACAUCCACCAGAAGUUGCAGGAGAAGAAGCAGAAGCAGCUGGCGGAAUUGCAGAUCAUCGAGGAGGAAAUUAAACAGGGAAAACUUGGAGGACCAGUGCAAUCGGUUCCGAUGAAUGGUGGCGAUGGCGGAGGAAAGGUUUCACUGCCAAAAGAACCCAUUCCCAAAGCAAAAAAUCACCGGAAUAUCACACCACUCGGCUGGCCAAAUGCCAUGAUCACAGAGGUCAAUGAAUCCUUGGCGGAUUUGCCGUAUUUGCAGCAAAACUAUGCGGAAAAUUAUUCAGAAAAUUCCAUGAUGAAAGAAAGUAAUUUGCCACACAUCCUGUCAUUGGCGUCCAAGAGGAAGGUUGACUCACCCAGUUCGUAUUUGCAUCAGCAGCAAAAGCCAGAGAAGAUAUCCAAGAAAUUGAGUGAUAAUUCAGACAUCACAGAUUCCCUGCAGAGGCAACUGAAGAUAAUGAAUUCGAGUGAGAAUCAAGCCAAUCGAUGCAUGCCUCCGCCAUCGUACAGAGGUGCCUAUAGUCCAGAAACUGUGUUCAAUCGAACAAGAAAUUACAGUCGAGGAGUUCCUCUGGAUCUCCAUCGUCCCAGACAAAUAACCGGAACUUACUGUACGAAUCUCGAAGCUUCGUACAUUGAUAAAGCCUCUUUCCCCUUCAACGUCGUGCCACCGCCAAGGAAUCGGGAUUCGCAGCAGCAGCAACGAGAUCGUCGAGCUAUUCCAAGUAUAUCAGGGCAGAGAUUUGUGGAGGAGAAUGAGAAUGAGGUGGUACUGUCGCCACACUAUCUCGAAAGACCCAAAGGCAGUGGGAAGUGCGAUGGUGGAAAUUUUGCACCAUACAAUGGGAAUGACGAUAGCUUUCUCAAUCAUUUGGCCCAGCAAAAUGGUCCAUCUGAUAUUGACAGUCAAGUAUCACUGCCCAGAUCCUAUACACUACCCAGAGAAUUUAAGUACUAUCGGCGGAAUCGCUCAAAGAAACUCAAGCAGGAGGAUAUUUUUGUCACAAGCAACAAUAGUAGCGAUGGCGAUGUAGAUAGUAUCGAGGACACAGAAUCUGAGCAGAACUACAAUAUUCCACCGAAUAUGUGUCGCAAUUUGAACUGCAACAAUUUGCUGCAUACAAAUGACACUGCCAUGAAUUACCUGAAUGAUAUUCGACUGAGGGAAUCUGCUUCGCCGCGUGCCAUGCUGAAGAGUGGUGGCGGCGGUGCUGGAGGAGUUCCGAAGGAGUCUGAUAUGCCAACGAGUGAUGUGAUACGCAACAGGAGUGCCAGUGCGUAUCCGGAAAGUGGUGCCAUGGAGGACAAUUGUCUGCCGGACAGUAAUGCUGGCAAUUAUUCAAAUGCCCUUCUGCGACAGCUACGAAUACAGCUCUACAAUGACAGGAAGUCUGGGAUAUUCAGGCAUGAGACUAAAUUAUAAAUUAUUGAAAUUAGUUAGGAUAUUGUGUAGUAAGUAGGAUGUAGCCGGAAAAUGUGUUCUCUGACAAGAUUUUUCUAUCAGAGUUUCAUUCUCCCUUUUUUUUGUAAAUUUAGGACAAUGAAAUUUUCUUUUUGAUUAAGAAUUCAGUGUCGAAUUUUUUUUAUGCGGCGGAUGUUUGUUGGAGAAAUUAAAAAAUUGUUAUGACUUUUUUAUUUCAAA